AUGGCCCUCAGGAGGCUUGUCAACAUAGAGCGUAAAAUGAAGCGCGAUGUGGACUUCGCGUCGGCUUACAUCCGGAUAAUGGACGAUUAUGUCAAGAAGGGAUACGCACGACGACUGGAGGCCCAGGAAGUCCAGAGGUUUCAGGAGGGCAAAGUGUGGUACCUGCCGCACUUCGGAGUGGAAAACCCGAACAAGCCUGGGAAAAUCCGGCUGGUUUUCGAUGCGGCUGCCAAGGUGGACGGUGUGUCUUUGAAUUCAGCGCUACUGAAAGGCCCACAGCGCUACAAGCCCCUCCCAGCAGUGCUCUUCCAUUUUCGGGAAGGAGCGGUUGGAGUUUGUGCAGACAUCAAGGAGAUGUUUCAUCAGGUACUGAUGCAGCCGAAGGACAGAUGCGCCCAGAGGUUUCUGUGGAGAGACGGAGACGACCAGCGAGAGCCGGACGUAUACGAGAUGGCAGUAAUGACGUUCGGAGCGGCCUGCUCACCAUGUUCGGCGGACUACGUGAAGACCGUGAAUGCCUUGCGGUAUAGCAGCACGGACCCGCGAGCAGCCCUGGCCAUCAACGAAUACCACUACGUGGAUGACUACGUCGACAGUUUCGCCAGCGAGGACGAAGCUAUCGCCAUCUCGACACGGUUCAGCAAGUGUGGUCAGAGCCCUGAACCCACUUGAGCCCAUCGCCAGCGUCGGAUGGACCGAAGCUGAGGAGAAGGUGCUUGGGAUGUACUGGCAGCCGGCUACCGAUGAGUUCAAGUUCGGCGUCAAGUACCAUCGAGUCCCGAGGAACGUGAUGACGGGGGAACGAGU